UCGGAACUUGUUAUUUGUUGACUAACGUGCUCGGAGAGCUCUCUUCGUGCAUAACACGAUUUUCCCGCGAGAGUAAAGGAAAACUCAACCUACAGCUUGCAGUUUGGCAAAACAAGAGAGUACCAAGCCCUUAACAUAGGUAAAACCUGCAGCAACGUGCCAGUGCGAGAACGUUAUCCGUGCUUUGUGGUCUUAUCGCGAUAUCCUUUACGUCCGGCCUAUUCGUGUCAUGGGUAUGUGUAGUACCGUUUGAGGUCGUGCGCAUCCCUUCCAGAAAACCCACCCCUAGCUAAAGCCACCCUGUCGGGGCCUAACCGCAGUUAUGCACCAUCAUACAUCAUCGGCAGUGCGAUAGCGACGAUAUAUCCCGUCGAUAGUGGCUACUCACUUUCCAAAUGUGGCAGUCUCCCGCGUUGAGAAUGGAUUGCAAUUGUACACGAGUGCAAAUUUUCGUACAGUGAUAACGUAGGGAAAACGAUGACAUCAGUCCGAAAGUUGUAGGAACGGUUAGAUAGGAAUAUAUUUCCCUGGUUUCCUCCCGACAUCCUGCCAGCCCUUCCAGACUUUCCAGAACCAUCCAAAACUCUGCAACCCAAUAGGCAACAAAAACGCAUCUUCUCGGCCGAAAGCAGCAAAUCUUCAUUUCGAAAUAACCUCCUACUUACUGUUCAGCAACAUCCGUAUCUGCGUAUCGUGCGUUUGUUUCGAGAUCAGAGCGACCCUUUGUUUGAAGCUCUCAUACACUUGCGUACACGCACAUCUCUGCUGUAGAUUCCGCAGCCUCCUUUUUGCGUCCGAGGCAUCGAUUAUACGCUGUGGCGAAUAUUUGCAAGUGAAUUAUUACGACAGUUAGCAGCUUCUCUUAAAGGCUAGUAAAUUUAUCAGACUGAUUUAUGUGUGUGUGUGUGUGGUACGUGCUGUCUUCGAGCUAGAUAAGUGUUUGCGUGUUUGAGGAAGCAGGGUCUAUUCUAAUCGUUAAAAUAUCGAACGUGCUAGUUAAAUUGAAAAUAUACACCCCCAGAGCAAUAUCAAUAAAAGUCAAACAACAGUAAUCCAUCAAAGUACCCUCACGCCUAGCGUGAGCACGGUAAGGCAGACGGUGAAAAAGUGAAUAUUUUUCAAAUAUUUGCCAAACGCACCGAGCAAGCAAUCGUUCCAGUGUGAAGUAGAGUGUAGCGUUGCUUGUCUGGUAGAUGUCCUGCGAGAGAAUCCGACUCCGGCUGUGAGAUCGUACGAGUGAGUGAGCAAGUGUGGUCUGCGGGUGUGUUCUGUGCCGUUUGCCGUUGGGUGAUCGAGCUGGUGUGAAAGAAGGAAACUGAGUGCUAGGGCGUUGGUACGGUGGUCGAAGCGAGAAAAACGCUCCAGAGUGUGGAGGCAACUGAAGCGCGAACAGCAAAUAUAAUUCCAGCAGCAACAACUGCUUCUGUAGCAGCACGAGGAAAAGUGUUCAGCAAUAAUAACAACGUUUGCUGCUCUCCGUAUCCCGGCAAUUUGGCUCGUGUUGCGAGAGGAAAAUCUGCAACAUCUGCUAUUUCUCUCCCUUGGACGCCCGCUCCAUUGAAGUGUUGUGGUGUCACGAGGAAAAAUCUGCGAAGAGCGGUGGCAAAAGCACACACACACACACACACACACACACACACACACACACACACACUCAGAAGUAGGCCGAGAGCGUGGAAAACAGGAGCUAAAGAGUAGUAGACGUGUGGAGCGGCGAAAAUGUCGACAAACGAUGCUAACUUUAUGCUGUUUUCAAACAUAAACGACUGCUCGUACGUUUCUUGCUACUGCGAGGAGAAUGUCUGGAAGCUGUGUGAACAAGUGAAGAAAACGUAUCCCUCGGAACUUCCGAAAUGUUAUGCUGUUUUUGUGUCCAACGAACGGCGCACUGUACCCUUAUGGAGACAGAAAGCAGGUCGAGGCGAUGAAAAGCUGGUGAUAUGGGACUACCAUGUGUUUUUCAUGCACAAUCCGUCACCGAACCGGUGUCUGGUGUUUGAUCUAGACACAACGUUACCGUUCCCGACCUACUUUCACAAAUAUGUUACUGAAACGUUCCGAUCGGAUUAUGCCUUAACGCCAGAGCAUCACCGUUUUUUCAGAGUGAUUCCGGCAGAAAAAUACUUGGCUGAGUUUUCCUCGGAUCGACGGCAUAUGCGUAGACCAGAUGGAUCCUGGAUUAAACCACCGCCGUCCUACCCGCCAAUACAGACAAGCGCGAGCACCCACAGCUUAGACGAUUUCAUCUGCAUGAAGCCUGGAAAGGGGCCGGGUGCGGUUUACGAUUUGUUACAUUUUGUACAACAAUUCUAUAAACCGCCAGAUCGGAACAUUGGUACCAAAACGCAAAAUUAAAAUCACAUUACGGCAAGCACAACGGGUCGCAGCGAAAGAAUGUUCAGCAAUGCCGGUGGCAAUAGCUAGCAAGAACUAAUUAGCAACUGUAAGCGGUAAUCACAGGAUUCUACGUUUCGACCGGGUAUUGUGUGGUGCAGGGGCGAGCAGAUACGGUACCUUAUCAAAACGCAACACCAGAAUACGCACCGUGCCAUUGAAGAAACAGCAUGAAGAAGUAUGUACGUUUGGUGGAGAAUUAGUGAGUUUGGCAUGUUUUUUUAUGCUGAAAUCAAAUUGUUGUGGCCAGUAAUUGCAAGCUGGAACAGAUCAAACAAAAACUACCCUUACAAAGCAGUGCAACCAAUAGCUAUUAAGAACAACAUGUCAGUAUGUGGAUGCUGAGUAAUAAUGAGAAGGUGUCUCAAAAGCCAAGUAUUCACUUCUCGCUUUUAAUAAUGCAAUAGAAAGGGGCAAUCUUGGUGAUGAGUGUUCAAUUCAAAUCAAAGCAUAAGCGGCAUGAUAAAAACGCCUACAACUAAAUACACUAGUAAUAAUUGCUUAAAAAACUAGAAAAAAGAGGGUUUUACCAGUUAUGUUUUCAUUUUGACUAGAGUUUGUUUGUGUGACUGCUUUUAUGUAACAAUUGUUUACUAAUAUGUCGAAAUGUACUAAGAGACCUAAGAAUUAACCACACAUAUGUUAGUAUUAUAUUGGAAACAAAAUUAUUACCAAACAUAAAUCAACCUACUGAGCACUAAACCAUGAGUUACAGUUUGUAAAAUUCAUUGUUAUCUAACGCACAUAAAAUAAGCAUUCAAACAUGGAUCUACAGAUUCCUAAAACUCUUAAAAAAUCAAAACAUUCUUCUCAUAAAAGUAACAUCCAUGCCACAUAAUUUAGAAAUAUUAAAUAAUAUCGACAGCAUAACAUAACACACAUUUUAAAAGUACAGAAGAAAAAAAAACUACAAAUUUCCAAUCAUUUUACAUCUAUUCAGGCAAUAAUGCAGCAUCAUGCGCUCAUGAAUAUAUUUUCAAAAUGAAUCAAAAGGAGCGUGGUUGCGCUACCUAAUGAACGAAACAGUGUAAUGAAUUCAAACUAGUUGGGAAGUUGAAAAGAGCAACUGAUAGUUAUCUGUGGAAAUAUAUCUUCUACUCUACAAUGUGAUAUUAGUUAAUUAAUAACAAGCAUUAUAACAACCACGCAAAAGCCACAACCAAUGUAUCCGAAUGCAGUUUAACGAAUCGAAGAGUAGAUGAAGGAAAUUCAGUAAUGAUAUCAUGCAACAAAGUGAAAUGAAAAUCAGCAUACGAAUAGCAUAUUUUGUUAAUCUUUUUAACAACAGUUUGGCUUAUUGCCGAUUUAUCUUUUAUUGAUGCACAUUAACUGUUCCCCCUUUUAACUGUUCCCAGUAUAUGAGACCUAUGUUAACUAUCGUUACCACCCUUCAUAUUUCAUAUUUUUUGUUUCUUUUAUACAGAUCGUAGUUGAUAUAUAAUUAAUCAGCAAACGACAAUCUAUGUAUGUGUUACUAUUGAGUACGGACAGGUUUAAAAUGUUGAAGUGUCACACACAACAAAUAGGUUUUUUAUGUUAGUAUUCGUGUCAUAGUAGUAGCUUGUUCAAAAGAAUCAAUGUUUAAAUAGACUGUAAUACGUUAAACGUCAACAGACAUACAUAUAGGAACACAAUGUGUAGUUCAAUAGUAAAUUUCCAUCAAUAUAGAUCGGUUUCAAUUCAUUUUAUUUACGUUCUACGAUAUUAGAUUUUGUAUUUUGCCUACUUAUAACGUUGGUUAUCGAAAUAUGCGUUAGUACGAAAAGCUCUUACAGGGAAAAUAGUUAAAAUAACAAAUGUUUUGAAUUUGAACUAGUGCAAAUUCAAUGAAUUAGAAGAAUUGUAAUCGGAUGCGAUUAGAUUGAGUUGUUUAUUCAUUGUACUAUCUAAGAUUAGUUAAACAUGAUAUUCAAAUAUUAAAUAGUGUUUUCACUCCUUAUGUACUGAAACAAGUAAGCUUUUAAAAGGGGUGUAUUGUUGCCGCCAUAACAAAAAACCACCCACACACACAUGUUUUGAAACUGUUUUACGAAUGUUGUUAAACUGCACGUAGCUUAUACAGAAAAAAUUACACUAUAAACAUCAUAUGAAGGGACACAUCAUAUUUUCUGAUCGUCUUCUUUUCAUACUAAAUAGAGUAAAAUAAAAAAGUUUCGUUACUACCGCCACGAGUACGAUAGCAUGCUACAACUUUUAACGCAGACGCCAAAUUACUUACAUGAACUAAUCUUUUGAUAGUCUUUUGCAAUUUUAUAAUCGCGUCAACAGUUGAACUGAAAGGUGAUGUUUCUGUACCUUAAAUUAAUUGAUGAAUGAAACACUAUCGAUGGAACUUUCCUCGUAAUCAACUUCGAUUAAUCGUUUAGAUCGUACAGCAAUUUUCUGUAUUUAUCUAUAAUGUAAUAAAUCACUAAACCAACUUCUAUCUCAAAGGCACCCGUAUUUGAAUCUAAAAAUAAAAAAAAAGCAUUCAUAUUAAACUA